GUGUCAAGAAGAAUCAAAUUUAUAUAAAGCAACCACUCUCCACCAGCACCACAUAUACUUCUCUUUCACGUCCUUGUUCAUUCUCGCUAUCUCAACCACAUUCUGCUUCUUCUUUAUGGCUAGCUUGAGCUUCUUCAUCGGCAUUAUUGGCAAUAUAAUUUCAAUACUGGUUUUUGCUUCUCCCAUCAAAACGUUUUGGGGAGUGGUACAGAAGAAAUCUACAGAGAAUUACAAGGGAGAGCCAUAUAUCACAACUUUGCUGAGCACAAGCUUGUGGACUUUCUAUGGGCUUCUGAAGCCAGGUGGCUUGCUUGUGGUGACUGUCAAUGGGGCAGGAGCCGUCUUUCAGUUCAUCUAUGUCACUCUUUUCCUGCUCUUUGCUCCUAAAGAAAAGAAGAUAAAGACGGCGAAAUUGGUGGCGAUAUUAGACAUAGGGUUUCUUGGGGCAGUGAUUGCAGUAACUCUUGGAUUCAUCCAUGGAAAUACGAGGCUAACCUUUGUGGGAAUUUUAUGUGCUGCAUUCACCAUUGGCAUGUAUGCUUCACCUCUAUCAGUUAUGAGAACAGUUAUAAAGACCAAGAGUGUAGAGUACAUGCCAUUUUUGCUCUCUUUUUUCCUCUUCCUCAACGCUGCCGUUUGGUCAGCUUAUUCAGUUCUUGUCAGUGACAUUUACAUCUUUGUGCCGAACAGUAUAGGCUUUGUGUUGGGGUUGGCCCAGUUGAUAAUCUACUCUAUGUAUAAAAACAAGUCAAAGUCAGCAAAAUCAACGGAAAAGAUGGAAGAAGAAGUCGCGGCCCAACUGGUGAAAGCAGACAUUGAGAUGCGUGGAUUCGGUGAUGAUCAUGAUGAAGAUCACAUGAAUCGGACGGCUCUCGUUAAGGGAAGGAGUCUCCCAAAACCUUCGGUCAAUAGACAAAACAGCUUGCAGAAGAUCAUGAAGACAAUUUCUCUGGGCCCGUAUGAUUUAUACUCUACAUGGCCCAACGAUGAACCCGACGUUGAGAUGGGAAGCAAGUAGGACCGUUGAUGUUGCUGACAUUUUGUAAUUUGAGAUGAAUGUGUGAAAUUACAUAAAAGGACUUGGAAAAAGCUACUUCUAGAGAGUGAGUGAGUGGGAUAUGGUGAAAAUAUUUUGUCUUCACUUAAUUAUUUAAUGGAGAAAAAGACAGAAACAAAA